AUGGAGCUUGACACAAAGACCCCUCCAUAUCUAACGAGCGACAAGUCCUCUUUCGCCUACAUAUCCGCUCGAGAUCGAUGGCCUGUUAUAAUAACUCAAGCCAUUGACGAUUUAUAUCGUUCGGUAUCAGAGUGUGAAGAUCCCGAAAAGCAGACCGAGGGCAAGAAAAUCAUAGAAGAGCUCGCGCGUCUUAAAUACGAACUCCAACACGAUCGACAGCUCACACCCAUAAGAGACGACGGCGCCGCCGAUGUAGCUAUAUACAAUCGCGAGUUGGAGCAGCUAGGAACACCUAGCUGGUUCAACAUCCCUUGGCUAUUCUCCGAAUGCUAUCUUUAUAGACGUCUCAACACGUCCUUCAGUCUCUCUAAGCACUGGAAGACCUAUGAUGUAUUCUACCGGCAGAAGAUCAAGACCUUCCGAUCGUCCCGACCCGCUGUUAUCGAGCUUGCCGCUCGGUACAAGGACUUGGUAACGCAGAUAAAACAUGAUAGGAACUCGACUACCGCUGAGCACGACGAAGCCGAGAAGAUUUUAUUCUUUGAGAUGUGCGAGAUCUGUUUAUGGGGAAAUGCCACGGAUUUAUCUCUCCUGACUAGUCUCACCUAUGAAGAUAUUCAGAAGCUGCAAGGUUCCGAGGCCAGAAAGGCUUCCGAGAAGAACAUCCUCGUCAAUGACCUAGGUGCGACGUAUGAUGUGCUGAAAAAGGCCAAGUCCGAAGGAAAAAAAGAGCGCCGCGUAGACAUUGUGCUGGAUAAUGCUGGGUUCGAAUUAUACGUCGAUCUUAUUCUCGCCGGCUUCCUGCUGUCAUCGGGACUAGCUACGCUCGUUGUCCUUCAUCCAAAGUCGAUUCCCUGGUUUGUAUCGGAUGUUUUGCCAGCAGACUUUGCUGCUCUCCUCAAUGCACUGUUUAACCCCAAGCAAUUCUACGAAACCCCAUCCGACGACGAUAAGCUGCAGGAUACAACCCCCUCUGCCCUCUCCGAUAAAGAUGCUGCGGAUCUUUGGUUCCUCUUCCAGGAAUGGUCUCAAAUGUACACCGAAGGGCAGCUUAUCCUUAGGCCAAACCGCUUCUGGACUUACCCGGGUAGUUAUUGGAGACUACCGUCGGUCGAGAAGAGUCUAUACGAAGAUUUGAAGAGUAGCGAGGUGGUCAUAUUCAAGGGCGAUUUGAACUACCGCAAGCUAACUGGCGAUGCCGCGUGGGAUCCAUCAACCCCGUUUACUAAAGCAAUUGGACCCCUCGGUCCCGGUUCGGGGGUUAACGUACUUGCUCUCCGAACGUGCAAAGCUGAUGUCGUCGUCGGGCUUAAACCGGGACAGGAUGAAGAACUCCGGACUACGGAGGGCGGCGGUGGAGAUAGCGGUGCUAGGAAAUGGGCGUGGAGUGGUAAGUGGGCUGUUGUGUCCUUCUCGGAAGGGAAAUAA